AUGGCUGAGGAAAAUUCUGGAAUCUUCACUCUGGCCAAAAACAAAGUUCUUCGUAUGGAAGCUUCUCGACCAGAGAACGUUCCUCUCGAUUUGCCCACAUAUGCUACGUUGUGGGAUAUAGACAUUACAAAAAAUAUCUUGUUUUACUUAGCGCCACAGACUGAAUGCCAGGCAGUACGUAUAUCCAACGGUCAAGUACCUUCAAAUCGUAGUGGUUUUAAGUUCGGUGAAGUAGCUGUGGAUUCGCCAGAUAGUAUAACUUUCUAUCCUGUGGCCAGCCAAGUACAUCAAGGAGAUACCUCAUAUUACUUUCCGUCCACUGAAGUUCUUUUGAGAGCAGAUGCAAGCGGUUUAUACUCAAUCCAUCCAUGGAUUUAUUCAAAUGGUAAAACUGAGGAGGAUAAGAAAACAUCAAGGACAAUAAGGCUUAAAAAGCUACUACUUUUAACAUCAAGCCCAUACUGCAAUAUUGUUGUCUCGCAACUGGACAGUGUUCCCUCAUUCAACCAAAUUUUUGUCGUUGGGGAAAACGGACAGAUUGUUGAUGAUUAUUUUUUCAAAUCAAUGAAGAUAUAUUCUGACAAAAGCUAUAACAAAUUGAUUAUUAAUGGCUAUUUGGAAAAAUACAAAAUCAUAGAAGACAGUUUUUGCUCUUACUUCAAAGAACCUCUGCAUGUUGUUUCCAGUUUAUCAUCUUAUGCUAUAACUAAAAAGAAGGGAGUUAGUUCUGAUUUCAUAUUAUAUACAUUUGAUAAGAUCUCAGAUUGUGAAGUCGUCAAAAAAUUUAGCUAUUCCUUCGGUGUACAAGUGCUUAAUCCUUUGGAAUGCCCAUGGAUGCGGUUAUGCUUCCGAGGUGCUGAAGUAACAUCUGUUUGCUUUGAUGCUGAAAAAACAUUGGAUAUAUUACCAGCCUCACGAGUCUACAUUCCAACUCACAGCGAUGCUGCUCGACGCUUUGAUGUGGAAGGAAACACUCUGACGCAUUUUCAGAUCAGUUAUAACUAUAAAUUUAAAAAACUUACCAUUGGGUACGUAAUGAACGCUGAAGUUAUGAUGGUCCACGAAUCUAUGUAUCUUGACUGGCCAGAAUUCGACAAUGCUCGACUUUUCGUUAAUUUUGCGAAACAUCCUUCCUGCAUGGCACGUCUCACAGAGGACCCUGCUUAUUCUUCAUAUGAGCUACGUCACAGUAUUCGUCCACAUCAGUGCCUUUUUAUGAGUGGUUGUGAUGUAUUAAUUUCUCCUGAAGAAAAAACUAUACCAUGGAUUUGA